AUGGCAUUCGUGUCCAGGCCGCCGGCAGAAGGCCAUCUCUGCAGAGGGCCAUCUAGGCAGUCCGGGACCGGCCUGCGCCACGUCUCCACCGCGCUGCGCGGGGCGAAGGUCCGCGACGGGAAGGUGGAGCCCGAGGCCGGGCGCGGAGUGAGCGAAACGGGGCGGGAGCCGGGGCCUGGGCCGAGGACCAGCCGGCUCCGCACACCUCGGUCCGUGCUGGGGAGCAGGCCCGCCCCACGUCCCUCCGGCCGCGGACUCAGCACCCCACCCGCCAGCCACCCCUCAUCCCUGCACGCUCCCCCGCCACGGCAGUGCGCACGUCGCCGCCAGGCCAGCGCUCACCUGGGGUCCCAGCGAGCACCCGCGCAGCACCUGCAGAGUGAGGGUCGGGACGGGGCGCAGGACCCCGGCUCGCAGAGGACGAGGAAGAUGCCACCGGAGCUCGCGGGAAUCCCGCCUCCAAGAUGGCCACCGCGCCGCGCGGCCUGCCACGUCGCCGCCCCGCCCCGCGCACUCCGCCCGGCCCCGGCUGUGCCCACGCCCACAGGCGGCCUUUCCACCGCCCACCCCGACCCCACAAUGCAGCCUCGCCACUGCGCGCAAUAUCCUGGCCUCUGCCACCGCCGCCCGCUCCUUUUGCUGCGUUCCCGCCUCCUGGCAGGGCGGGGGUUUGCCCUACACGUGUUCAAAGCUCUGCAGGAGAGGGGCCCGAGGACCACGAGAAGGAUUUGCAAAUUACUGACUUUCUUUUCAGGGGUCAUUGAAAACAAAGGAAAGCUGACAAGCUGUUAAAACCAAGAGGAUCCUACGAAGACAAUGACAAGUAACUGCAAUGUGGCAUGGAAACCAAGUGAACCCAAAGAGAACAAGACAGGUCUGUGUAUGCAGAACUUGUUAUAGCAAAAGACUGGACCACCAUCACCAGGUUUGGCCCAGACUCAAUCAAAGGCACCACUCAGAGGAGUUGGAAA